AAUCUUGAAAAGCAGAAGAGUAAUUUUCAUUUCAUAAUCGAAUUUCAAUCUCUUACCCAUUCAAAAUUGAAGUUCAACACCGAUUUUCAUUCUCAGAAAAACCAUCACUUCUAAUCUAUAAUGGAUGGCAAGUUAACUUUGAAGAGGAAAUUUGAUUUCACUGAAGACGAUGAAUCAACCGUCGACGUUCUUCACGAAAGCUCUAGCCGUCUCUGUCUCGCCGACGAUAUUACUAAACGCGUCGGUCGGUUAAACUCGGUUUCUUUGUCGUCCGAUCGAGAUAUCGGUGCUGCUCAAAAUGAUCUCUGUUUUCUUUCCGGAUACGCUAAAGAUGAGGACAUUGUGGAUCUUAUGGUAGUUUGUGGCGUUGUUCCCACUAUGGUGAAGCUUUUGCAUUUGGUGUCUAAUAGAGGUGAAUUAGAUUCUAAUACUUACGAUGUGGAAAAAGAUUGUGUCUCUAUCCUUGGUCAUCUUGCUGUCAAGCCGGAGAAUCAGCAACUCAUUGUUGAUGCGGGAGCUUUGCCUUGUCUUGUGGAAUUGUUGAUGAGACCUAAAGCACCUGGUGUUUCUCAAGCACUUUUUUCUCGUCUUCUUGGGAGAGUAGCUGAUGCAAUAACCAAUCUUGCCCAUGAAAAUAUCAACAUCAAGACCCUUGUCAGGUUGGAAGGUGGCAUCCCUCCUCUUGUUGAUUUGCUUGAAUCCAAUGAUAAAAAGGUACAGAGAGCUGCUGCAGGGGCUUUAAGAACUCUUGCAUUUCAAAAUGCUGAGAAUAAAGACCAGGUAGUUGAUUUGGCACAACAACUUACUAUGGUGGAUUAUUUUUUUAUAGUUGCUUACAAGAAUAUAAAAUUACAGAUUGUUGAAUGCGAUGCAUUGCCCACUCUUGUACUAAUGCUUGGAUCAGAGGAUCCUGCAAUACAUUAUGAGGCGGUUGGUGUGAUUGGAAAUCUUGUCCAUUCUUCGCCUGAAAUUAAGAAAGAAGUUCUUCUAGCCGAGGCUUUACAACCAGUUAUUUGCCUGCUAAGUUCCCCCUGUUUGGAGACCCAAAGAGAAGCAGCUCUUUUAAUCGGUCAAUUUGCCACAACAGAUUCAGAUUGCAAGAUUCACAUUGCCCAAAGAGGUGCUAUAAACCCUUUAAUCAAAAUGCUUAAGUCUCCAGAUUUACAACUUAGGGAAAUGUCAACUUUUGCACUUGGGAGGUUGGCACAGGACUCACACAAUCAAGCUGGCAUUGCUUACAAUGGAGGUAUAGAGCCCCUCCUUAAUCUUCUUGCUACUAAGAACGCUUCUGUCCAACACAAUGCAGCUUUUGCUCUUUAUGCUCUUGCUGAUAAUGAGGACAAUGUUCCUCUUAUUAUUAAAGCUGAUGGUUUACAAAAACUGCAGGAUGGACAUUUCAGUGUUCUACCUACUCGAGAGUGUGUAGCAAAGAUGUUAAAAAGAUUGGAAGAGAAGAUGGAAGGGCGAGUACUGAAGCAAAUGUUGCAUCUUAUGCGAUCUGGGGAAAAGGUUGUUCAAAAACGUGUAGCUCUUGCUCUAGCACAUUUAUGUUCUGCCGAUGAUCGUAAAACUAUUUUCAUUGACAAUAAUGGAUUAGAAUUGCUGUUGGAACAUCUUGAAUCUUCAAACAAAAAGCAGAAGCGUGAAGCCUCUGCAGCGCUUCACGCAAUGGCUACCAAAGGAAUAGGUGCCUCUAUUGUUGAUCUUGCGCCUACAUCACCAACUUCCCAGGUUUACUUGGGUGAGCAAUAUGUAAACAAUCCACUACUUUCUGAUGUCACAUUCUUAGUUGAAGGCAAAAUCUUUUAUGCUCAUAAAGUUUGUUUAGUUUCAUCUAUUAUAUUUCGUGCAAUGUUUGAUGGGGGUUACAGGGAAAAGGAAGCCAAGGAUAUAGAGAUUCCAAAUAUUAAAUGGAAUGUCUUUGAGUUGAUGAUGAGAUUUAUAUACACUGGAACAGUAGAAGUUGAUUUGGAAGUUGCCCCGGACCUCCUUAAAGCUGCAGAUCAAUAUCUGCUCGACGGUCUUAAGCGUAUUUGUGAAUCUGUUAUUUCUAAGGAUAUUUCUGUGGAAAAUGUUUCUCUAAUGUAUGUGAUGUCAGACACAUAUAAUGCUACAUCGUUAAAAUAUUCAUGCAUACUCUUUAUCUUGGAGCAAUUUGAUAACUUGAGCUCCAAACCAUGGUAUUGUCGCUUUAUGCGUUGCAUUAAGCCGGACAUUUGGAACUUCUUCUGGACCUUACUUAUCACGCCUAAACAAGCUGACUAGUAUGGAUUCUCAGAUUUUUAAUCUUUUCGUGAAGAAGGAUGAAAAUGUACAAAGCUGUUGAUAAUAAGAAAUGUAUUUGCAUGCCAUUCUUUGGUAAAACCUUAGAGCAUGUUUGCUUCUGCAGGGUUAACAAACUCUUCAAAGUGUAGCUUCUGUCCAAUUGCACAGAAGCACCUAUUUUUUUAAACACAUUCCAUAGAAGAAUCAGAUUUUUUUAUAUUUAGCAAGAUAAUUUGGGCAUUUUUUAUGUUGGAGAAUGUUGGUUUUGGUCUGAAAUUGUUGGUGGUAAUGCUAAUAAGUUGUAUUAAUUGAUGCCAAAGUGCACUUGUUAUUACUAGGCAAUAGUGUUUGUUGUUGCUUUUGGGUUUCUUAUUGAUAUUACAAGCAGAAGCAACUUUCUACAUUGACAGUGAAAUGAAUAAAGUGUAAGAACUUAUUAAUCAUCUUUCUGAAUUUUGAGGUUUAAUGCACCUGAA